UUACCACUGCAUCGACUAGCUCACACCGGGGCUAACUACAAUUACGCAUAUGCUUUUGUUGACAUGUUGACCUCAGAGAUAAAUUCGUAUAUGUAUAUAUUGAAUAUAUUUUCUCUAUCUGUGACUUUUCAGUUACGCCUGGAGCGAGUAGAUAUGAGUUCGUUCCAGUCCAUUCGAGAGUUUGUCGACCGAAUCAAAGAAAUGGAUCGACCAAUCGAUUACUUGGUCAACAAUGCCGGAGUUCUUAGUCCAACUUACGAGGAGUCCGCGGACGGACAUGAAUUAUCGUUGGCCGUCAACUAUUUGGGCCCUGUUUUGUUGACUGAGUUACUCUUGCCAGAAAUGAUGAAAGCUCCGAUGGCUCGAAUCGUCAAUGUUUCGUCAAUGCUCCAUUUCAACGGAAGUCUAUAUAAACCAACUCUGCAUCUGGUUGGGGCGGAUUACGGUCCGUAUUUGGCUUAUAGCCAGUCGAAAUUGGCUCUGACCAUGUACACUGUGGAACUGGGCAAGCGAUUGGAGGGAACCAGCGUGACAGCGGUCAGUUUACACCCCGGUACCGUCAAAACUGAGCUGACCCGCAAUUCAAACUCCAUGAUGGAUGUAAGUAUUACAUAUGCUAAACAAAAUAAAUAA